AUGGGAAAUCUUUGCUUUCAUUUCUCCCUCUCCAUUUUCUCCAUGCUUUGUCUCAUGGUUUGCCAAUCUUUAUGUUAUUCCAAUUUUACCCUUGAUGGAUUGGCACUUGUUUCUUUCAGAUCUUCUAUUAGAGACCCUUACAAUCACUUGAAGAAUUGGUCCAACUCAUCAUCUUCCUACUGCAUGUGGCUCGAAGUCACAUGUGAUUCUAACAAUGAGAGAGUGAGAAUCCUAAGUCUUCCUGAGAUGGGUCUUGUGGGCACCUUACCCUCACAAAUUGGAAAUCUAUCCUUCAUAGAAAAACUUGAACUACAAAGCAACAACUUUCAUGGUGGGCUGCCAAAAGAGUUGCUUCAAUUGUACAAAUUGGAAAUUCUAAACUUGAGUUAUAAUACUUUUAGUGGAGAAAUUCUGACCUGGAUUGGAAGCUUGUUUAUGCUUCAACACUUGAGUCUUGGCAAUAAUAGUUUUGAAGGUCUCAUUCCUCCAAGCAUAUGGAAUUUGUCUAAGUUGGAGACCUUGGAUUUGAAGUCUAAUUCUAUCAAUGGAUCUAUUUCGGUGGAUAUUGAAAGUCUUCAACACCUGAAAUUUUUAAGCAUUUAUCAAAACAUGCAUUCAGAAAGUAUACCUCCAAUUAUCUCUAACUUAUCAUCACUUGAGCACAUCUCUUUGUCUGUCAACUUCUUAGAAGGACAUAUUCCCAAAGAAAUGAAUAAGCUUACAAAUCUGAAAAAUAUGUACAUGGGUAUGAAUAAGUUGUCAGGCCAAGUACCAAGCAUCAGAAAUUUGAUCAUGCUUGAAAUUUUAUAUCUUGGAGGCAAUAACCUCCAAGGAGAUUCUACACCAACACCGCGCAGAGAGUACAAACAGCCGCCACUCGAACCACCACCAUUAGACAAAUCUCGAUCAAUAGGCAAACUGCUGAGCACACCAGAGAAUGAGCCAAAAACUGAAGAACAUAAGUUUGGAGUCACAUGUGAUUUUAAUAAUGAGGGAGUGAGAAUCCUGAGUUAUCUUGAGAUAGGUCUUGAGGGCACCUUACCCUCACGUAUUGAAAAUUUAUCCUUCCUAGAAAAACUUGAACUGCAAAGCAGCAACUUUCAUGGUGGGUUGCCAAAAGAGUUGCUUCAAUUGUGUAAAUUGGAAAUUCUAAAUGUGAGUUAUAAUACUUUUAGUGGAGAAAUUCCGACUCAGAUUGGAAGCUUGUUUAUGCUUCAACACUUGAGUCUUGGCAAUAAUAGUUUUGGAGGUGUCAUUCCUCCAAGCAUAUCCAAUUUGAUGAAGUUGGAGACCUUGGAUUUGAAGUCUGAUAUUAUCAAUGGAUCUAUUGCAUUGGAUAUUGGAAGACUUCAACACCUGAAAGUUUAUGCAUUUCCAGAAACAUGCUUUCAGGAAGUAUACCUCGAACUAUCUCUAACUUAUCAUCACUUGAACACAUUUCUUUGUCUCUCAACUUCUUAG